AUGGUCGGGGUCACAGGCCAGGUUCAGCAGGUAGCAAGCAGCACAGUACAGAGGGUUAGGCAGAGGGAUGGUCACUGUCACAAGCCAGGGAUCAGAACAGGAGAAGUCAGCAGCAGUUUAGAUCAGGCAGGGUCAGCAAAGGAACAGAAACAGGAUGCAGGACAGAUACAGGGCCCAGGACAAACACAACACCAAGGCAGAGUCUGUGGGUCUGGCCAUCCCUUAAAUACCCCAGCAUAAUCAGUUCCAGGUGUUAGCUGGCUGCAAAGUUGAGUCUCUGAUUGCUGGGAGCACCCGCUGGCCAGCCCUGGUACUGCAGAUCAAAAGGCAGGUGAGUCCCACCAUUGCUGGCCAGUCCAUUCCUGACACAGUCACAGAUCACUAGUAAUCACAGAUGUCAUGAAUGAAACUCAUUUAUAACAGGUCAGAGAAUUGCUGGUUCAAUGAUCUUCAUUGUAUCAGCAAUCAA